CCGCCUCGCCUCUUCUCUCACCAUGGCGGACCGCUACUCGUUCUCGCUCACUACCUUCUCCCCCAGUGGAAAGCUGGUACAGAUUGAAUAUGCUCUCAACGCCGUCAACCAAGGUGUUACCGCCCUAGGCAUCAAAGCUACCAACGGUAUCGUUCUCGCAACCGAAAAGAAGUCAUCAUCGCCCCUCAUCGACGCCGCUUCCGGAAGCAAGAUCUCGCUCAUCACUCCCAACAUUGGUACUGUCUAUGCCGGCAUGGGUCCCGACUACCGCAUCCUCGUCGACAAGGCCCGUAAGGUCUCACACACAAACUACAAGCGUGUCUACAACGAAUACCCUCCCACCCGCAUCUUGGUCCAGGACGUUGCUCGUGUCAUGCAAGAGGCUACCCAAUCAGGUGGCGUGCGGCCAUAUGGUGUCAGUCUGUUGGUUGCUGGAUGGGACGACGGCAUUGAGCCCGAGACUGAGGCUGCCGAUGCUGGUGAUGACGCCGAAAAGAAGGCUAUCAAGGGAAAGACUGGUGGUAUCCUCAAGGGUGGUCCUUCGCUGUACCAGGUCGACCCCAGCGGUUCCUAUUUCCCCUGGAAGGCUACUGCUAUCGGAAAGAGUGCCACCUCGGCAAAGACUUUCUUGGAAAAGCGCUACACAGACGGUCUCGAGCUUGAAGACGCCAUCCACAUCGCCCUGCUCACACUCAAGGAGACUAUUGAGGGUGAGAUGAACGGUGACACCAUCGAGAUCGGUAUCGUCGGUGCUCCCGCCGACCACCUACUGGGUGUUGAAGGUGUCGAGGGUGCUCAAGGUCCUCGUUUCAGAAAGCUCAGCUCGCAAGAGAUUGAGGAUUAUCUGACGAGUUUGUAAACGGAGCAUUUUAAAGGGCAUGGCGUUUUUCUUAAUCUUCCACACAUGACGAGGGACGGCUCUGUAUACUAACAUGAGGCUGCUGAUAUGCUGGCCAAAAUGACAUUCACCUUUUUGUCAACCUCUCCCAUGCUCAUUAGUGAGUGACGUUCGUGUACUGUUUACUAACAUCUCAGCGCUACUACUUGCCGUGCUAGACAUAAUCACUCGUCUCCACGCUCGAUCGAGGCUUUCUCGAAGUCGCAAGCAACCAUCAUCAAGCGUCGGCUGAAGGACAAAAGUCAUAUCACCUCUUACGCGGCGUCCAGCCAACACUGUACAACCAUCCAUGCUUACAUGUUUUCCCAACCAACAGACGUUUAUUGGCAAGACAAAGAAACCCUUUCAAGUUUUCCCUGGGACCGCCUUGUCCCAAUUUUACACUACUAU